GCAUAUGAGAUAUGUUUACUCUAAUGAUUUGGUGCCUAGAAUCCCUUAUGAUGACAAGUCCCUUUUCUUUAAGCACUUCAGUCCUUGUCUUUAUUUCAAUAGCUUAUACCAUGGGCAAAUUCUAGAGGAGGAGCCAAACAAGAAUUAUUUCUCUCUGUUUUGGGUGAUACCCAAGAUCUUAAAUGCAGUUUGGGAAGUGAUUAGAGGUUUCCUUCUACCAUUUGUUGUAGGUAGAGAGUAUAAACAGAAUUGGUUCAUGACGAUAUUCAGGCUUGUUGGAUUGAUAAUUCCAGGAAUACCAGCUCAUAUCCCUAAUGAUUACGUCAAUUCUACCCGAUUGGGAUACUUAAACGAACAUCUAGAGAUUCAAAGACCACAACAUUCCAAAGAUGAUUAAUAACAAUGAAUUUGUUAUAAUUAGUUUUUAUAUUGGACCCAAAUGUUGGAUUAUUUGAUUUGGUGCAUGAAUAAAAUUACAUAAUUGGUGGGUGAUCCAAUGGAUAGGGACUCUCCUAUACCAUAUUAAAUUUUUAUAGUAGGUCUAAUUCAUUCUUACCAAAUCAACUUGUAAAAUAAAAGAUAUCUCUUUAUAAACUCAUUUCAAACAUUAUUUCUAUUCUAUGUGGAAAUUGGAUUUUCUCCAAAUAA